UUGUAGGCCUUUGGGUUAAACAAAAGGCUAGUAGUUCCUGUGCCAUGCUGUGCACUCCAAAUAUUCUUUGCUGCCUCACCUCACCCAUACACGCACAAACAUCCCUCCUUUCCUUCUCUCUUUCUUGUAUAUAUAAUUCUUUCUACCCAAAUUAUUUGUUCCGCAUUGCCAUUUCCAUUUAUAUAUUUUUAAAAAAAAAAGAGAAAAAAAACUUUGGAAUAACCAAAGAGCAAUGAAAAGAAAAGAAAAGAGGAUGAUUACCAUAUCCUCUGUUUUCAUUUUGUUAUUUGCCUUUUCAUAGAUCUCUGAAAGAUCUGAUUGAAUCCAAAACUUCACUUUGCUGUUUAAUCAGUAUUUUGCAAGCUGGGGUCUGCCUGAUUUCCUUAAAGAAAAAAUGAUGGAGACAGAUCUCGGUAAGCUAUUUAUAGGUGGGAUAUCUUGGGACACAGAUGAGGAGCGUCUUAAAGAAUAUUUUACUUCAUAUGGAGAAGUGGUUGAAGCUGUGAUCAUGAGAGAUCGGAAUACUGGUCGUGCUCGUGGUUUUGGUUUUGUUGUUUUUGCUAAUCCUGCUGUUGCUGAAGGAGUCGUUAACAACAAGCACAUCAUCGAUGGCAGAACGGUUGAGGCAAAGAAGGCUGUCCCUAGGGAUGACCAACAGAUAAUAAAUAGAAACAACAGCAGCAUUCAAGGAUCACCUGGUCUUGGACGCACCAAAAAGAUAUUUGUAGGAGGUUUAGCAUCUACGGUUACUGAGAGCGACUUCAAGACAUACUUUGAUCAGUUUGGUACAAUUACAGAUGUUGUAGUGAUGUAUGACCACAACACUCAGAGGCCAAGAGGCUUUGGAUUUAUUACUUAUGAGUCAGAGGAUGCUGUGGAUAGGGUAUUGUAUAAGACCUUUCACAAUCUAAAUGGUAAAAUGAUUGAGGUCAAGCGGGCCGUUCCGAAAGAGCUGUCUCCGGGGCCCAACCGAAGCCCUUUCACAGGAUACAACUAUGGACUUGGUAGAAUAAAUAACUUUCUCAACAACUAUGCGCAAGGGUAUAGUUUAGGUUCGGUUGGAACAUAUGGGGUCAGGAUGGAUGGUAGAUUUAGUCCAGUUGCCAGUGGACGUACAAGUUUCUCUCAGUUAACUUCUCCCACUUAUGGAAUGGGUGUCAAUUUGGAUCCAGCUUUGAGCCCCACCUUUGCAGGAGCUUCCAAUUUUAGCAAGAGUCUUGGUUAUGGGCGUGUUCUUAACCCUUAUGUCACUGGUAACUCAAGCAGAUACACUACGCCCAUUGGAUAUAACACAGGCAGCAGUAAAGGUGAUUCUUUGCUUAGCUCACCAACAAGGAAUGUAUGGGGAAAUGGUGGUCUUAACAGUUCUCCAGUUCCUGGUAGCUCCGGUUCAUUUUUGGGCUCUGGAACUGGUAGUUAUGGGGUCUUUGGGAAUAAUGGUGCCAGUUGGGGCUCGUCGCCUGUUUCUACUCCAUUUGGUAGUGCUUCUGGAUAUGGUGGUCGGAAUGUUGGUUUCAGGAGUGGUGGAAACAGUUAUGGGCCGGGAUCUGGAGGACUUGCAAGAAGCAAUGCAGCAGGUGCUGUCGCAAAUUCAUUUGCUGUGUCAAGUGGUGCGUAUGAGGGGUCUUAUGGAGAUGUAUAUCGCAGUGGCUCAACAUAUGGUGAUCCAACUUGGCAAGCUGUGUCUUCUGAUAUGGAUGGCUCUAAUACAUUUGGAUAUGGACCCGAAAAUCCAGCAGACGAUUCAGCUAGAGACUCCGAGAAUUAUAUUGGAAAUUAUAGUAUUGCAAAUAGACAAUCAAAUAGAGGAAUUGCAGCGUAGGAGAUUUCUUUAUUUGGAUAUCUGAAGAUUCUUAGAAAUGCUUUAAGAAAAUUAAGUGGGCGGUGAAUGUCAAUACAUAUACUACAUAAUAUCCAUUUCUGCUAUAGCUAUCGUAUAGAGCUAACAAGGGGCCUGUAUGAAAAAGUAUACAUAUUCAGAGAGAGCAGUUUUUACAGGGAUUUUGUGUUAUGGUUUGAGGUUUCAUUUUUCAAAAGCAAUUUAGGCUCCUGUAUCAGCAUCUAAACAAGAUGUAUAUCCGAUUGUACUUGACACUGUCCAUUUUUAGUUCAUGUAUUGUGCAUCCACAAUAAAGCGAGUACCACUGGACUAUUUCAAGAGCUAGAGUUUUUUUUAAAAAGAACUUUUGUCUGGUUUUGUGACUGGCAAAGCUGCUGUUGUUUGUUCUCGUGGUUCUUUUAUAUGGAAUUUGUUUUUCUCUCA